UAUAAUGGAUAAAUCCCCCGCGAAGAAUCAAUGUUCUUCUUACAAAUUAAAUUAAUAAAUUCGAUAAAUAUUUAUUGGUUUUAGAAAUAUAUAUAAGUAAUAAACGUUAAGUUCAUUACCACCUGUUGCUUCAGUGUAUAUAAUUUAAAUACUACGAGUUAGAAUAGACGAUAUGCAGUAUAAUGUUUUAAUUAUUGGUGGUGGUGGUAGAGAACAUGCUAUUGCUUGGAAACUUUCACAAUCUCCUCAAGUAAAUAAAAUUUAUGUCUCUCCUGGAAAUUAUGGGCUUUCAUUAGUCAAUAAAGUUUCUUUAAUAAAUCUAAAUGUUAAGAACAAUAAGGAAGUAGCAGAAUGGAGCAAGAAUAAUAAAAUAAGUUUAGUAGUUAUUGGACCGGAAGAAUAUUUAGCUAAUGGAUUAGCAGAUGAAUUAAAAAAUGCAGAAAUUAAUUGUUUUGGUCCACAAAAAGCAGCAUCUAAAAUUGAAACUGAUAAAUAUUGGGCGAAAGAAUUUAUGGAUAGAUAUCAAAUAUCUACUGCAAGAUGGAAAGGAUUUGUAAAUGCAAAAGAAGCGAAGAAAUUUGUUAUGAAUGCACAAUUUCCAGCACUUGUAAUAAAAGCUUCAGGUCUAGCAGCUGGAAAAGGAGUUAUAGUAACAAAAAAUAAAGAAGAAGCAUGUAAAGCUAUAGAUGAAAUUUUGAUUGAUAAGAAAUUUGGUUCUGCUGGUGAAUCAAUAGUUAUAGAAGAAUUAUUAGAGGGAGAAGAAGUUUCUAUACUUGCCUUUACAGAUGGAAAAACUAUUAUACCAAUGAUACCUGCACAAGAUCAUAAAAGAAUAUUUAAUAAUGAUAUCGGACCAAAUACUGGAGGCAUGGGUGCUUACUGUCCUUGUCCAUUAUUAAAUAAAGAUAAUUAUGAAAUAGUAAAAUCAAACAUCUUACAAAAAGCUAUUGAUGGUCUUAAACAAGAACAAAUUCCAUUUGUUGGAGUAUUAUAUGCUGGAUUAAUGUUAACAAAAGAUGGGCCAAGAGUUUUAGAAUUUAAUUGUAGAUUUGGAGAUCCCGAAACACAAGUAAUAUUACCAUUACUGAAGUCAGAUUUAUUUAAUGUUAUGAAGGCUUGUUGUGAAGGUUCUUUGGUUGAAUCUUUAAUUGUUUGGGAAAAAAAUUUGUUCGCUGUUGGUGUUAUUUUAGCAUCUCAAGGAUAUCCCAUAUCAUCAUCAAAAGGUCAAAUUAUAACAGGCAUUAAUGAUGUUUUGCAUACAAAUUUUAUUUUCCAUAGUGGAACAAAUAUAUCUUCUAAAGGAGAAUUAAUAACUAAUGGAGGAAGAGUUUUAAUUACUGUAAGUUUAGCACCCUCAUUGGCUUUGGCUGCUGCUAAAGCAACGCAUGCUGCACAGAUUAUAUCAUUUGAUGGAAAACAAUUUAGAACAGAUAUAGCACAUAAAGGAAUAGCAAGAUCUAUAUUGCAAAAUGGACAAUUAACAUACAAAAGUAGUGGUGUUGAUAUAGAAACAGGAAAUUCAUUAGUUUCAGCUAUUAAACCAAUGUCUUAUUCAACGCAACGUUUAGGUUCAAUGGGUUCAAUUGGUAGUUUUGGCGGUUUAUUUGAUAUAAAAGCUACUGGUUAUAAAGAUCCAAUUUUGGUAUCUGGAACUGAUGGCGUUGGAACUAAAUUAAAAAUAGCAUUUGAAUGUAAAAAGCAUGAUACAAUAGGCAUAGAUUUAGUGGCUAUGUGUGUAAAUGAUAUUCUUGCACAUGGUGCAGAACCUUUAUUUUUCCUGGAUUAUUUUGCUUGUAGUAAACUAAAUAUUAAAAUAGCUACUGAUGUUAUAAAUGGAAUAAGUAAAGGAUGUAAGAUAGCUGGAUGUUCCUUAAUUGGUGGAGAAACAGCAGAAAUGCCAGAUAUGUAUUCCAAUGAAGAAUACGAUUUAGCCGGUUUCGCUGUAGGAGUAGUUGAAAGAAAUAAUUUACUUCCACGAAUAAAUGAUAUAAAAGAAGGUGAUAUUAUAAUUGGUCUUCCAUCAAGUGGACUACACAGUAAUGGAUUUAGUCUAGUUCGGAAAAUUUUAAAAAUAGCAAAUAAAAAAUAUGCCGAUAUAGCACCUUUUUCUGAAAAUAAUCGCACAAUCGGUGAUGAAUUGUUAGAACCAACUAAAAUUUAUGUAAAAGAAGUAAUUUCUGCUUUACGUACUAAUUUCAUAAAAGCAUUUGCACAUAUUACUGGAGGAGGUAUAACAGAAAAUAUACCAAGAAUUUUACCAAAAGAUAUGGGCGUAAUUUUAGAUGCAAAGAAAUGGAAAAUUCAACCCAUUUUUGCUUGGCUUGCAACUGUAGGAGGAAUUAACAAAGAAGAAAUGUUGAAAACAUUUAAUUGUGGCAUUGGUGCUAUUUUAAUUUGUUCAGAAAAAGAUAAAGAAAAAGUUUUAAAUCAAUUACAAAUAGAAAAUCCUAAAAUUAUUGGAUAUGUAACUAAUUAUAAAAAUAAACAAAUUAGAAUAAAUGUUAAAAAUUUUGAAGAAGCAUUAGAAUUAAGAAUGAAACAAUACAUACCUGACAUUAUUUCAAAAUUAAGUAAGCCUUUAAAAAAAGUGGGCGUUUUAAUAUCUGGUAGUGGAACUAAUUUACAAUCAUUAAUUGAUGCAACACGAGAUUCAUCCCAAAAUAUUGGUGCUGAAAUUGUCAUAGUGAUAUCAAAUAAACCAAAUAUUGAAGGAAUUAAACGAGCUGAAAAAGCUGGUAUAAAAACAGUGAUUAUUAAACAUACUGAUUAUCCUAGUCGAGAAACUUUUGAUUCAGCAAUGAAUAUUGAACUUAAUGCUGUUGGAGUUGAAAUAGUUUGUCUUGCUGGUUUUAUGCGCAUUUUAUCAGAUAAUUUUGUAAAUCAAUGGCAUGGUGCUUUGAUAAAUAUACAUCCUUCAUUAUUACCAUCAUUUAAAGGUGCACAUGCACAUGAAAAUGUUUUAAAAGCUGGAGUACGUGUUUCAGGAUGUACAGUGCAUUUUGUGGAAACUGAUAUAGAUUCGGGAGCAAUUAUUGAACAAGCAGCAGUACCUGUAUUUCCGUAUGACACGAUAGAAAGUCUUCAAGAACGAGUCAAAACAGCUGAACAUCGCAUUUUUCCACUUGCUCUAAAAUAUUUAGCUACUGGUAGAAUACAAUUAAAAGAAGAUAAUACUAUUUUGUGGAAAUAUUAGAAAAUAUAUAUACAAUUAUUUUAUGUAUCAUAUAUUUUUGAUACUUAUUUUCUAUACAUUAUAUUUUUUAAAAAUAAAAAUAAACUACAUUUUUAAUUGAUUAAAAGAAAUUCUGAAAGCAA